AUGGCGGCCGAGGUGGUGUACAAGAAGGCCCAAAUGAUCGACCCGGACUCGAACAAGGCCUGCAACUUGUCCCUGUGCCUGAUGAAGCAGGCCCGAAUCCAGGAGGCCCGCUCGGUCCUCGAGCCGGUGUUGUCAGGUAAGCUACCAGGCUCACACGAUUCCAAGGCCCGGAAUCGGGCCGAAGAAAUAUGGGCUGACUUGGAAGCCCAAGAACCCGUGCCAUCAGGCCUGGUGGGCCUCGACAUGGAGGAUGAUUUCAUUGAUGGACUUAAUAAGCUGUUGCAAGAAUGGGCUCCCCUGCGAUCAAAAAGGCUCCCAAUCUUUGAAGAGAUCUCUCCAUUUAGACAUCAGCUGGCCUGUUAA